AUGACCCAGCAACUGAGAGAUCUGCAGUUGGCCCAAGCUAGAAAGCAACCUGGACCGUCAUCUCCAAAUGCCGCCAAGAGGCUCUAUCGGAAUCUCUCUGGAAAAUUCAGAGUUAACUACAUGUCAUUUGAUGAAGGAAACCUAGCAGGAAAAGCUGAAAAGGAGAAGCAGCGAAAAUCCUACCUGUUUCAAGGCAAUGCUGCGCUCUUUGAGGCUGUUGAGUUGCAAGACCUGGAUAAGGUACAGGAGCUGCUCAAGCAGUACAGUCUGGAGGAACUGGAUCUUAAUACCCCUAAUAGUGAAGGUCUCCUGCCGCUGGACAUUGCAAUCAUGACCAACAACUCACCCAUUGCCAAGACACUGUUGCUGGCUGGAGCCAAGGAGAGUCCUCACUUUCUCAAAGUUGUAAGCCUGGAAAGUCGGUCUUUGCACCUGGCAACCCUGGUUCGGGAAGCAGAACAGCGGGUUAAUGAUCUCACUGCGCAGGUGGUGAACGAGGUGCCCAACGCGGAAAGCUCAGAAAAAGAGAAGCAGCUGAAGGCCUGGGAAUGGCGCUACCGGCUUUACAAGCGCAUGAAUGCUGGAUUUGAGCACGCACGGGUUCCAGAUCCACCUACAAAUGUCCAUCUUUCAGUGGCCAGCAGCACCUCUGUAGAAGUGUCUUUUCAGGAGCCCUUAAGCGUCAAUUCAGCUAUUGUCACCAAAUACAAAGUUGAGUGGAGCUGCUCCCCCACUUUUUCCCCACCGCUGGGCGAAAUGGUGAUUGACAAGCUGAAAAAACUACACAUCACCAUCCAUGGCCUUGUCUCGGGUACAACUUACUAUGUCCAGGUAUCUGCCUACAACAUGAAGGGCUGGGGACCUCCACAAACUUCAGUACCACCUUAUGCCAUUCCCUCAAACUGGAGAGAAUAUGAUGGAAGGGCUCCGCGUCAGAGAGGACAAGCUGAAGCUCUGGACCACCUCCUCAAUCAGAUGAAGAUGGUCCACCAACACUGUGUGUGUCAUGAGCCCUGUAAGAAUCAACCGCAGAGCAGAAAACACUCCGUCUCCAAAAGUCUAAAGUAUCUCUUCCAUCCUGGCAGCAAAUUUUUAAAGACACUGAAAAGGGGCCUGUAUCUCGCUUCCAUAUUCUACAAGGAUGACAAUAUCCUGGUGACCCCUGAAGACCAGAUCCCUGUGGUAGAGAUGGAUGACACCUAUUCCUGCUUACUUAUGCAGGACUUCCUCUGGUUCACCAAGGUGUCAUGCAUGUGGGAUGAAAUCUUGUGGCUGCGUCAGUGCGUUACCGUCUCCCAGUCUUCCUGUUCCUGUGUUCUCCAAACACGCUUCAAGAUGCUGCUGGCCAUCUCACAGAUGCAGGGUCUGCUAGGAAUCCAAGACCUGGGACAGGUCUUUUUUGAGCCCAUCAAGGACAAGCAAGGCAACAUUUUGGUUGUAACCCUAAAAGAAGUGAAGACCAAUCAGACCUUUGAAAGUGUUCGCUGGGUCCCUCUCUCAAAGCUGCAGACAAGCCGCAAGUCCAUCUCUUCUCCAGAAGAACCUACAGCUCUGGAUGUCCUGCUCAUGACGAUGCAGGACAAGUUGGCUUACCACCAGAGAAGCAGCCAGGCUCUUCUCCCUGGUCUUUAUCUGGGUUACCUGAAGCUCUGCAGUGCAGUUGACCAGAUCCGAGUAUUGGUGCCUGAACAAUUGCCCAACAUCUUAUGUCAUGUGAAAAUACGGAGCAAUUCAAACAUAUCUAGAGCGGAAUGGGAAUGGCUGCAGAACCUGGCCAGCGUGGAAGAACCCAUUCCCACUGAGCAAGAACUGGAAACUUCACAGCAGCGUUUUCUUCAGGAGCUCCAAGGGGCAAUCAGAGAGUUGAUGCAACUGGUCAACAUCCCACUGCAUGAGGCCAAAGAUUUCCGCCUGUACAGUCAGGAAGUUCUGGAUUUUGGAGAACGGGUCUCCUUUCUUCUGCUUCUUCCCCCCUCAGAUGACGUGUGUACUGCCCCUGGCCAGAACAACCCUUACACCCCUCGGUCUGGCUUUCUCACCCUUCCUCUUCAGAUCUUCGAGCUAGUUCACUUCUUCACUUAUGACCAUGAGUUCAUUAGCCAGUAUUGCCAAGUAUCUUCAUUCUUGGAGCUAGAAUCGCUCCUCUCUCAACAGAGCCUCAGGGAGGCCUUCUCAGACUCGGAACUAACUACUGCCAAACAGCGGCACCAGCAAGUCCAGGAUUAUAUGCAGCAAAUGGAGGAGAUUUGGCGAGAAAUGCGUUGGAUGAUGGACGCGUUGCAACAUGCCCGGUACAAGCAACCGUCUUGUGGCCUGCCACUUGUAUGGUUCAUCAAAGAAUCUAGCAUGGCACAAAAGGAGAAAACCCAGUCAACCUCUUCUCAUUUAGACUUCCUUCCAUCGCCAACCCCAUCUCCUGAAAUGAGCCGUAAGCUCAACUCUGAUUCACAUGGAAUCUCUGAUGAGGAGGGCUCCUCAGAAGUAUUCUUAGCUACUGACAGUGAUUAUGACUCCAGCAGUGCCCAGAGUCCCCGAGAACUUGACCUCGUUUACUCUUCUUCAGGGCCAGAAUGCUGUAGGAGAAGACAUCCCCGUCCUUUGAGGGACAGUGCCCCUGAUGUCCUGCAGAGUCAUGAGCUUAAGACACCCCCAAUUCCUCCCAAGGAGUCUCAGCCUUCCCCAGAGCAAUAUGACAGCGACUUUGUGCUUCCUAGCCGGCAAAUAGAGCUGUUGCGUGUCACGGAGAAAAGGCAGGCCUACUGUGUCCGUACCAGCAGUUUGGAUUUCCCCAAGCCCUUCUGCCAUGGGGCCAGGAAGUCUUGCCCUGGCUCUGUUGACAGCUCACCAACAGAGAGCAGGACUGCAGGCCACUGUGGCCCUGUGCAAUCUGGGACAGGUUCUGUUUUCAGCUCCAGCCAUGGUUGGCACGCAGAGAGUUCUGGGGCUGUAUUUCGGACACGUUCAGUAGAGUGGACUCAUACCUUCCAGGAGGCACCUGAACUGGGACAUGUAGCAAACCGGGGCAGACUGCCAGGUUCUUUCAUCUUACAUGUGUGUGCUCAGUAUGAAACGGGGCUCUCCAAAGAGACAAGUGUUAAGCUGCACCUCACGAGCAAGAUGUCGGCAGAAGAUGUGGUGAAGCUGGUGGUCCAGGAGACGAACGAGGUCUCGCGCAAAGUCCUGGGAAACGCAAACACUUUCUGCUACAGCGAAGAACAACUGGGCCACUUUGGAUUAGUGUUUGUAUCAGACGAUGUGGAACAAUGGCUUCCAAACCACUUCCUGCCCCUCUCACUUCAAAAGACCUGGCCCGGUGGGAGAUUCUAUGUCCGAAUCAAAGACACGUCCCCUCUCUUGUUUCGAUAUGGCCCAGCAACAACUGUAUGAGAGGCAGGAGAAAUAGAAGGAGAAAAAUAAGGACCAUCCAACUUCCAGUGAGCAGAAAGCUCAUCACCAAUGCUUCCUUCUGAACAGACACUUUUGUGCCAGACAUUAUGGGCCAGAAGCAUAUUGGGCAGUGUGUUGCUUUUGUAUGUGUGUGUGUAUGUGUGUGUGUGUGUGUUAUUUACCAAAGAGACAACAAGACCUGGUUGUUAUGACCUCAAUAAGUGAGGGUGAAAUCCAGGAGCCUUGUGGGGGCGGGGGUGAUGAAAUUAAAAUUUUGAUCAGCAAAGAGAAGAGCUGGUUAGGGAUA